AUGGAUUUUCUCGCAGCUUUCAUCUUCCUUGUCCUUGUUUCGCCCAUUUCACUCUCAGAGUCUGGUUCCAUCGGCGUAAACUACGGCCGAAUCUCCGACGAGCUCCCUUCCGCUGUUAAAGUAGUACAGCUACUAAAAUCUCAAGGAAUCGACCGGGUCAAGAUCUUCGAUGCUGACCCGGCUGUUCUCAAAGCUUUAUCCGGAUCUGGGAUCCGAGUCACGGUGGAUCUCCCAAACGAAAUCCUCUUCUCCGCCGCGAAACGAGCUUCCUUCGCCGCUACAUGGGUCAAACGCAAUGUAGCCGCAUACCAUCCUUCGACACAGAUCGAGUCAAUCGCAGUGGGCAAUGAAGUCUUCGUCGACACACACAACACCACAAGUUUCCUAAUCCCGGCUAUGAGAAACAUUCACAAAGCUCUCGUCAGUUACAAUCUCCACUCCGCCAUUAAAAUCUCCUCGCCUCUCGCUCUAAGCGCUCUCCAGAACUCUUACCCUUCUUCCUCCGGAUCUUUCCGACCGGAACUUGUCGACCUCGUCAUUAAACCAAUGUUGGAUUUCCUGCGCGAAAGCGGGUCGCGACUCAUGAUCAACGUUUACCCAUUCUUCGCCUACGAAGGGAACUCCGACGUCAUUCCCCUCGACUACGCCUUGCUCAGAGAGAAUCCGGGAAUGGUGGAUUCCGGUAACGGUCUGAGGUACUUCAAUCUCUUCGACGCUCAGAUCGACGCCGUUUUCGCCGCAAUGUCGGCUUUGAAGUACGACGACAUCGAGAUCGUCGUGACGGAAACUGGCUGGCCGUCGAAAGGAGACGAGAACGAGGUCGGAGCUACCUUGGCGAACGCCGCGUCUUACAACGGAAACCUCAUCCGUCGGAUCUUGACCGGAGGUGGGACCCCUUUAAGACCCAAAGCAGAUCUGACGGUCUAUCUCUUCGCUCUCUUCAACGAGAACAAGAAAACGGGUCCCACGUCGGAAAGGAACUACGGUCUCUUCUUCCCGGACGAGAAGAAAGUGUACGACAUUCCCUUCACCACCGAAGGGCUGAAACAUUACCGUGACGGUGGUCAUCCUCCGACGACCGGAGACCAGCAUGUGAAGCCACCGAAAAGCAGCGGCGGCGUUUCGAAGAGCUUGACGGGGAGUUCGUGGUGUGUGGCGAACGGAGAUGCGGGGAAGGAACGGCUACAGGGAGGUCUAGAUUACGCUUGCGGUGAGGGAGGUGCUGAUUGCCGUUCGAUUCAGCCAGGUGCUACGUGUUACAGCCCCGACACGCUCGAGGCGCACGCUUCCUUUGCCUUCAACAGUUACUACCAGAAGAAAGGACGCCUCGCCGGCAGCUGUUACUUCGGCGGCGCCGCCUACGUCGUCAGCCAGCCACCGAAGUACGGUAGAUGCGAGUUUCCGACAGGAUACUAA